GAUCAAGUCGCGCCCACCUGCGUCGCCCCAGGCUCCCUGAGUGGCACCCAGACCCGGUCUGAAGGACACUGGUCCGGCGGGCGCUCCGAAGCUGGAUCCUGCGAGGUGACUCCGUGCUGAAGUACAUCGGACCUGCAGCCACUAUAAAGAGCCGGUUUUACUUAUUGCUUCGGGGACUGUGCAAUCAUGUCAGUCUUUUCUUACGAGAGUUCCGAGAUUGACUGGUGUGAAGACAACUACAAGCACUCUGAGACUGUGGCCGAGUAUUUCAACACUAUUAGCAACGCGGCCUUCUUCAUUAUUGCUCCUGUCAUGAUGUACCUGCACCACCCCUACGCCAGGGAAAGAAAUCUGGCCGUGCAUUUGGUCUGGCUUAUGAUGAUGCUUGUGGGACUCUUCUCUGUGUACUUCCACAUGACACUGAGCUUCUUAGGACAGAUGCUGGAUGAACUCUCCAUUCUGUGGGUUCUGGCCAUUGGCUACUGCCUCUGGUUUCCACGGACCCACUUCCCCUCUUUCAUUAAGGACAGGUCCACCUUCUCCAAGACGGUCACAGUGGUCACUGUCGUCACCACCCUGUCUGCCUUCGUAAAGCCCGCUGCCAACGCCUAUGUGCUCAACUGUUUUGUCAUCCACAUCCUCUACUCCCUUGGUCUAGAGCUGCGCAGCUGCUCAAACCAGAAGGCGCUGCGUCUGGCUCGCUCCGCCGUCGGUCUGUGGAUGCUGGCUGUCUCCUGCUGGAUUAGUGACCGCUUCAGCUGCGACUUCUGGAAGAGCCUCAACUUCUGCUACCUUCAUGGGUUCUGGCACAUUCUGAUUGUGAUGGCCACUGCCUAUGCCGUUGCCCUGUUGUCCUACCUGGACGCCCAGAAUGAAAUCCCCUACGCCCUGCCUGAACUCCAGUACUGGCCCUGUGACAGCUGGACCCUCGGACUGCCCUAUGUCGUCCUCAGGGGAGCCGGAAUGAAGCGAAAGACCUGCUAAGGCUUCAUAGAUGUGGACAUUCCAUCAGUGCAUCAUAGAGGCAUUCUGAAUAUAUUUUGCAUUCGCCUAUUAA